GGGUUGUAAUUUUCCUUUUUAGUGGGUAGUCUGAUGGUUCAAGUGAUUCCAAGUCCUUUUUCUUGGGUUAUUGCGAGCUGUUUCAUUUCGUUUUUGAUAUUUGCAUUGUUUUGCAGUUUGAGGUGGUAGUCCCUGACCAUUGGAAAUUGGAAUCACAAUCAAGCCAAGACGGAUAGGAGUUGAGACUUUUGGUGGACAGUGGACCGAUGCAUCAUUGUUCAUGGUGAUCAGCAAAGUUGUGAGGACCUAGUGAUCUACUACAGGCCUCCAGUGUUACAAAAUACUGUAGGCAUCAUGGGGAUCUUCUCAACCAGCUCACCAUUCGACAAUGAUGUUGAUCGUGUCACGGACGAGAAGAACACCACGGAGGACUGGGGUCUGAUCAUGGACCUGUGCGACCGGGCGGCGGCCAAUCCAAAGGACGCCAUGCGCUCCAUCAUCCGUCAGCUGAACCACCGUAACCCGCACGUCCAGCUGCAGACCAUCACCCUGUUGGAUGCCUGUGUGAACAACAGUGGGAAACACUUUCACCUGGAGGUGGCCAGCCGCGAGUUCGAGCAGGAAUUCAAGAAGCACGUGUUCAACCCAAACACCCACAAGCGCGUUUCCUCCCGACUGUUGGCCUCGCUGCAGAAGUGGGCCGAGACCGAGUUCCGCUCGGACUCACAGCUCUCGCUCAUCCCGAGCCUGUACCGGUCGCUACAGGACGAGGGACUGUACGCCCGACUGGCCGACCACGAGGCGCCGCCAAAGAAGGCCGCCGCGGCCGCCAGCCGAGACCCGAAUGUGGUCAGCUCACAGCAGGAGGAAGACGAUAUCGCCAAAGCCAUCGCCCUGUCGAUGAAGGAGGCGGAGAAGGCGCCGCGCUCCUCCAGCCUGUACCCGUCGGCACAGAGCGUGCUCAGCUCCCCGGGACCGUCCUCCUCAUCGUCCGGUGGGACUGCCGGAGGCGCCGGCGCCGGCGCCGCCGCUGCCGCUAAACCCGAGCGGAAGGUGCGGGCCCUGUAUGACUUCGAGGCGGCCGAGGACAACGAACUCACCUUCAAGGCUGGGGAGAUCGUGCUUGUAACAGAGGACAGCGACCCCAACUGGUGGCUGGGUUCCAACCACCGCGGCAAGGGCCUCUUCCCGUCCAACUUUGUCACCUCGGACCUCUCCGAGGAGCCAGAGCAGUGGAAGGAGGAGCGUCAGCAGCGAAAGUCUGUCCAGUUCAACGAGGAGGUGGAGGUGAACACAGUGGAGCGCGCCGCCGCCGAGCCGGUGGCCAUCGACGGCGCCAAGAUAUCCGAGCUGCUGGAGCUGCUGAACGAGGCGGACCCGACCGGCGACCGGCCCGACUCAGACCACCUGCUGGCGCUCGAGGAGCAAUGUCUGGCGAUGGGCCCGCUGAUUGACCAGGAGCUGGAGCGCACCGACCGGCGGCACGCGCAGCUCACCAAGAUCAGCUCGGACCUGGUGGACGCGCUCAACCUCUACCACCAGCUGAUGCGAGACACGCCGGCCGUGUCCGGCUACUACGGCCCGCCGCCGGCGCACCUGGUCAAACAGUACGGCCAGCCGGGACCGAUGGGCGGCGCGCCGCCGCCAGGAGGCUUCUACGGGAUGCCGCCGGCGCCGCCCGGCCUGCCGCAGCACGGCGCUCCGCAGCCGUACCCGGGCCCGGGCCCGAUGAUGCCGCCGAGGCCGGGCCACAUGGCCGGCUACCCGCAGGCGCCGCCGCCGCCGCACAUGGACGGACACAUGGGCGGCCCGCCGGGACCCAUGGCGCCGCCCAGCUCCAUGGCGGGCGGGCCCCACGGACCCAUGGGCCCGCCGAGCUCCAUGGGAGGAGCGUACCCCGAAUCGUCCGCCGCCGGAGGACCUCCCCCUGGAUUAGACCGACCUGCGUAUUACUGACUCAGCUGCCCCCGCCGGGCGGUGCGCCGCCGCCCCACUGGGGCCACUACGCCGGCCCGCCGCCGGCCGAGCACCAUUUCGCCGGGUACGCCGCCGCUGCCGCGCCGAUCGGUCCGCCUCGGCAGCACCUGUGAGAGCGGCCAGCGCCGCUCCGACCCACUCACUAGCUAUGGCAAUGUAUUCACACAUCUAUUCUAU